AUGGUAGGAAACAAGGGCAGGGGUGCGGGAAAUCAAGGGCAGGGAGGGGAGAAGCAAUGGGUGAGGGGAAAACAAGGGAGGGGCAGAGGGGGGGCAGGGAGGGAAGAAACGUGGGGCAGGGAGGGGAGAAGCCAAAGACAGGGGCAUGGGCAGGCGGGGGCAGGGAGGGAGCAAAGGAGAGGCACGGAGAAAGAAAGGGAGGCGCGGGGAGGGGAGAAACCGGGCGUGGGGGGGCGGAAAAUGAGGGGCAGGGCGGGGAGGAGGGAGGGGCAGGGAGGGGAGAAGCUGAGCACACGGAGGGGGGAAAGGUGGGGCAGGGAGGUAGGAAGCCAAGGGCAAGGGGGGGAGAGUGGGGGAGCAGGGAGAGGGGGGAGGUGGGGAGCGGAGAAAGGCGGCGAGGGGCAGGGAGGGGAGAAACCAAGCAUAGGGGGGCGAGAUACGAGGGGCAGGGUGCGGAUUGAGGAGGGGCAGGGAGUGGAGUGGGUCGGCGAGGGGAAGGAAGAGGCGUGCAGCAGAGGAGGGGAGGGGGGAGGAGAAGGUAAACGAGGGGAGCGCACGGGCGGGGAGGAGCGAAUGGCGGGCGGUGGGAAACGGCGAGGGGGGCAGGGAGGGUCAAAAGAGGCGGCAAGGGAGCGGGCACGCGGAGGGUGGGGGCGGGGGGGAGCGGAUGGCAUGAGGAGGCAGGGGGCUUGCCCGUGCGAAGAAACGCCCCGUGCGCACCACCGUUGGGCGGUUGGAAGCCGCACACGGUCGCGGGGGUGGAGAGCGGAAACGGGCAGCCGGGGGAGGGUGGGGGCGGUUGGAUGGGACUGGGGUGUACGGGGGGCAGGGGAGUUGAGGGGGCAAGGGGAGGGGCAGCAACGGGCAGGGGCUGGGCCAGCUGAGGGCACGGAAAAGGGGCGGGCAGAGGGUGAGCAGAGGGGCGAGCGAUGCAAGGGAGGCACCAUAGGGGGGAAACCAGUUGCACGGAGGUGGGAGGUGAGGGGCGUGCGAGGGGGUGGGAAAGGGGCAGGGAGGGGCGGAAUGGGAGGACGUGGGUGGGGGGUGGGGGAGGGGAGUGGAGGGGAGAAGCAAUGGGUGAGGGGAAAACAAGGGAGGGGCAGAGGGGGGGCAGGGAGGGAAGAAACGUGGGGCAGGGAGGGGAGAAGCCAAAGACAGGGGCAUGGGCAGGCGGGGGCAGGGAGGGAGCAAAGGAGAGGCACGGAGAAAGAAAGGGAGGCGCGGGGAGGGGAGAAACCGGGCGUGGGGGGGCGGAAAAUGAGGGGCAGGGCGGGGAGGAGGGAGGGGCAGGGAGGGGAGAAGCUGAGCACACGGAGGGGGGAAAGGUGGGGCAGGGAGGUAGGAAGCCAAGGGCAAGGGGGGGAGAGUGGGGGAGCAGGGAGAGGGGGGAGGUGGGGAGCGGAGAAAGGCGGCGAGGGGCAGGGAGGGGAGAAACCAAGCAUAGGGGGGCGAGAUACGAGGGGCAGGGUGCGGAUUGAGGAGGGGCAGGGAGUGGAGUGGGUCGGCGAGGGGAAGGAAGAGGCGUGCAGCAGAGGAGGGGAGGGGGGAGGAGAAGGUAAACGAGGGGAGCGCACGGGCGGGGAGGAGCGAAUGGCGGGCGGUGGGAAACGGCGAGGGGGGCAGGGAGGGUCAAAAGAGGCGGCAAGGGAGCGGGCACGCGGAGGGUGGGGGCGGGGGGGAGCGGAUGGCAUGAGGAGGCAGGGGGUGUGA